UCCACACCUUGUUAUCUCAGACUCCAGCAUCGGCAGUUCUUUCUAUCCUUGAUAUAAAUGCAAGGCUUUCUUUCUUAGGGAAACAUUAUGCUUUGUGUGAACUAGAAACUAUAAAUCAACCACUGGAGAAAAUAUCGCAACUUUUGAGACAAUCUCUGCUUUCUCAUUUUUGGUUUGGAACUGUGAAUUGAAGCUAAGAAUUGAUUUUUGAACAGCAAAGUAAAAGAGAACAACAAAGCCAAAUAUCUACUGCUGAAAACUGGCCUGGAAAGAUAAUGCAGUUUAAUUACUGCUCUAAGAACACUGCAGAUGAUUUGGGACCAAGAUGUUGCUAUCCUCAGGACUGACAGCCGGCUGGAUGUUGAAUUGGUCCAUCAAGGGAGGACCAGUGCAGGCCAACCAACUCUCUCUCUCUCUAUGGUUUCGCUGCAGUUGUCAACUUGUUGAUUGUUCUGAUAUGAGAAUACCAUUUUGUCUGAAUAAUUCUCGAAGGCUACUUGAUCUGUUUGCAUGGAUGCGUGAUUUCAGAAUUCAAGCCUGUGAACAACUCCAUUCUCUGAGGAUUUCUGAAGGCCUAGUACCCAUUGUGACGAGAAGGAUUGCAUUGUACUCAGAGAGGAUAGACACCACAGAGAGAUCCUGAUCAUCACCCAAGACACAACUGCACCACUGAGGGAAGACAUCCAGUCCCUUCACAGCAUUGCUCAACACAGAGAAGUUUGGGCAGUGAAAUCAUCCUCUGGAAAUCAGUCAGGUUCCAGAGCUUUGAAAUAUCAUCAUCAGAUCUGAAGCUGGUCAGCGGUUUGGAGCCUUCCAUCAUAACCAACCUUUCUGACAAUUUGGCUGCGAGUGAUUGGUCAGAGUGAAGCUGGAAAGGAGCGUGAGUGGGCUCCGAGUGUGGUGAGAGCUUCAAUCAUUCAUCAAACGUCAUGACCCACUGACUCGUUCCUGCAGGGGAGAGCCUGUUCAAGUGUGAGGUGUGGACAGGCUCAGAAGAUCUCCUAAUGCACAAGCCGUUCUGUUGUGCAACUUUUUAAUACCGGCACAGCUUCAUGGAAGAGAAACCUUUCAAGUGUGAAGUGUGUGACCAAUCAUUCUCACGCACAGCUCACUUUCUUAUACACCAGCGAACUCACACAGGGGACAAACCAUUCACAUGUGAGGUAUGCAACAAAUCAUUCUCACAGUCAUCGAAUCUCCACAGACACCGACGCAUUCAUACAGGAGAGAAACCAUUCACAUGUGACGUCUGUCACAAAGCCUUCACACUGUCAUCGAGCCUCUUGCUCCAUCAGACAAUCCACACAGGAGAGAAACCUUUCAAAUGUAAAGUUUGUGAUAAAGCUUUUCCGACAUCGACAAGACUCCUGUUACACCAGAGCACCCACACAGGGGAGAAACCUUUUAGGUGUCAGCUGUGUGACAAAUCAUUCUCUGAGUCAUCGCACUUUCACUCACACCAACGUGUUCACACUGGGGAGAAACCAUUCACUUGCCAAGUGUGUAAUAAAUCAUUCUCACUGUCAUCAAACCUCCGUGAACACCAACGCCUUCACACUGGGGAGAAGCCUUUCAAGUGUGAGGUGUGUAAUAAGAGCUUUGCACAAUUGUCAGGCCUGGUGAAACACCGGCACACUCACACAGGGGAGAAGAAGAUAUUCACAUGUGAGGUGUGUAAUAAGGAGUUUGAACAGUUGUGGGGAAUGUUGGAUCACCGUCGCAUUCACGCAGUCGGGGAAGCUAAGUGAGGUGUGUGACUGAGCAUUCACACAGUCAUUGACACUCAGCAAACACUGACACAUCCACACUGAGGAAAGGCUGCUUAAGUCUAAAGUUUGUGACAAAAGCUUCACAAUGUCCUUCCUGGUACACCAAAUGACUUGUUCAGGGGUCAGUCUAUUCAAUGGUGAGGUGUGAGAUCAUGCCAUCCCACUGUCAGAGACAUUUGCGAAACAUGGACAUAUUCACACUGCGGAGAAAAUGUUUUAAGUGUGAGGUGUUUGACAAAUGAUUUUAACAAUAAUCAGGCUUCAUUUGUCAUCGAUGCAUUCACUCCAAAGAAUGUGAUAAAAUCUUCAGAAAAUGGUCGAUGCUCCUGCUCCAGCAGAGAACCAACAUAUGAAAGUGAGUCUUCAGAUGUGACAUUUACAAUAAGGUUGUCCUGAAAUCUUCAAGCAUCCUGAAACACCAGAGGAUUCACAGGGGAGACGCCAUGUUUGUAACAAGAUUUUCAUGCAUUUCUUCAAUUUCCUGAAGUGCCACACUGGUGAGAAACCAUUCAAGUGUGAAGUGUUGAUACGGCUUUGACACAGUCAACAUAUCAUCAACACACUGACACAAGGGAGAAAGACUAUUGGUGAGAGUUGUGUAAGAAAACUUUCAUGCUGUUGUCAGACCCCCUGGAAUACCAGUGACCUACACAGGAGAUGAACUCUUCCAGUGUGACGUGUGUCAGGAUUGUUUCAACUCCUCCUCUCUCACCAUACGCUGACGUCUACACACAGUCUUGGAGUCAGGUUACCUGCUUCCAUUGCACUGUGAGCUGACUGUGUUGUUUACCCUCCAAUGCUCACACUGGGCAGCUGUCAUUCCAAAGCACUGUCUGUCUCAGCAGGGUCUGUCUCAAACCUCUCUUACCAUCCAGCCAAUCCUUUCAAGAAGAACAAUUUAACCUUUUACCAGACUUCCAAACAUCACCAGAAGACGACAUUGAUAUGUGUAGAAGCUCCUGUAUAAACUCAGCUUCCUUUCAGUGCUGUGUCAGGUACAAGUCACUCACUGACUCUCACUCUGACCAAGAAGACAAUCAGAUACUUAGUGGUUAGAAAGGUUUCAGCUUCUGAUCAACCAGCACAAGGACCCGAGGGAGCAGUCAUUUCUCAAUUAAUGGAGGUAUUUCAAUUAGCCUCAGUGUCUUUGGUCUAAGGAGGAGGAGAAUCAGCCAGUGAGCCCAGCUGGGAAAUCAGGGGGAAGGCAGGAUGUGUCUCGGCUGUGACAGUCUCCAUUGUCUCGCAACAUUCAACAUCUGGCUGUCCACAUGCUGAAUGGCCACUCGACCAGAGCACUACAGGCCAGUCAAUGUCUGCAGUCUGUCCUCCAGGUCAGUACCCUGAGGAUUGGAGGAAAUGUGAGAGGACAACAGAUUGCAUUUAUAGAACACUUUAUUAUAGUAAAACAUCCCAAAGUGUAUCAGGAGACGUAAUCAGACAAAAAAAUUAACUAUAAGACAGAGGAGAGGAUGAACAAAAGCAGGGCAAUGAGGGUGGGUUCAACAGGUCCUAAUGACAGAGAAAUAAAAAUACAGAAGGGUUAAGGUGGGAAUUCUAAAGAUCUCUUAACACCUAAGGAGCAACUAUUCCAAGCACUGUGAACACAGGGGCAGACACAUGGAAGAGAAACUGUUCAAGUGGGAGAUUUACAUUCCAGCUUUCAUGAUGUCUUUAAGGAUUCUGAGACAUCAGAGCCGUCACACAGGAUAUCUGAGGUGUGUGACUGAUGCUUCACCACUCAUACCCCUUCCCCACCUUUUCUCCAUCAUACAUUGUCCUUUGUAGAUAAUAGUUCUUUCUUAAAUGCCUCUAUUGAACCUGCCUCCACCAUUCUCUCAGACAGAACAUUCCAUACCCUAACCACCCACUGUUUUAAGUGCUUUUCCUCAUGUCAUCAGCGUCUUUUUGCCAAUCACUUUAAAAUUGUGUUCCCUCCUCUUGAUCCUUUCAUGAUUGGGACCAUAUAGAGUCCUAGAAGAAGACAUCAUGGAAACAGGUCCUUCGGUCCAACUCGUCCAUGCCAACCAGAUUUCCUAAACUGAACUAGUCCUAUUUGCCUGCAUUUGGCCCAUAUCCCUCUAAACCUUUCCUAACCAUGUACCUGUCCAAAUGUCUCUUAAAUGUUGUGAUUGUACUCACCUCUACCACUUCCUCUGGCAGCUUGUUCCAUCUACACACCAUCUUCUAUAUGAAAAAGUUGGCUGUCAGGUUUGUUUUAAAUCUUUCCAGUCUCAUCUUAAACCUAUGCUCUUAGUUUUGGACUCCCUUACCCUGGGGUAAUUCCAAAGAGCACUGAUUAGUUCUCCCAAAUGAGCAAUUGUGAAUCAGUCAUGUGAGAAAGUGAACUGAUGAAAGGUUGUUGGCGGCUGACUUGGACAGGAUGGCUGCCACAACAGCAUAAUUGAGGUAAAGAGAACAGGUAGCUAUUGGAUUGUCAUUCAAAGAGUUCAAUGAAGCUUGCCAGACCUGAAUGACAAACAGGGUGCUAUGGUGUGGGUUUGGAUUGUCAGAGAAAAAGAGUUACUACUGCACAAUCAUGAUAUCAUAAAAUCCCUACAGUGUGGAAGGCCAUUCAGCCCAACGAUUCCACACUGAUCCUCCAAAGAGCAUCCCACCUAGACCCACUCACUACCCUAUCCCUGUAACCCUGCAUUUUCCUAAUCCACUUCGUCUGCACAUCCCUGGACUCUAUGGACAAUUUAGCAUGGCCAAUCCACCUAAUGUGCACACCUUUGGACUGUAGGAGGAAACCGAGAGGAACUCAUGCAGACAUGGGGAAAAUGUAACAACUCCAUACAGACAGUCAUCCGAGAGUGGACUUGAUAUGUGCUCUGGGUACAUGUAACACUAGAAAGCUUUCCAGGGUGUUCAGCAUUAGAGCUUACAGGAGAUUCCAAAGUGGACAUGUUCCAAUCAUUGGGAAAACGCAUGAAUCCAAGUUUUUUUUAUCUGAAAUGACCAAAGCAACUUAGAUCAGAAAAAUGUCAUUUAUAAUCAUUGUAAAAUUACACCAAACAUAUUUUAAAUAUUUCCCUUGUCUUAGUGGAUAAACACACUCAUUGAUGUACCAGUUUUGAUAAACCCUGGGUACAAAUGGUGCCAUUUGCUUUUUGAAGUACUCUCUCAAACUGUCCUGCCAGCUUCAGAGAUUUUGUCCAGACACAUCAAGGUCUGUCUGAUCCUGAACCCUUUUGGAACUAUACUUCUAUUUUAGAUUGUCUUUCUGCAUUCUUUAUGGCAAAAUAAAUCAUUUCACAUUUCUGUGCAUUAAAUUUCUUCUCCCACCUCUCUGCCCAUUCUACAAACCUGUCUCCUUUUGCUAUUUUACACUAACAUCUUCAGGAUUCAUGAUACCUUCAACUUUAGUACUUUGUAAAAUGUUAUUAUUGUGUCUUGUACAACAACAUCAUUAAUUACAUCUCAGAAAGAGACCUAAGUGUCCUAACACUGACCCCUGGAGAACUCCAUUCCCAACCUUCCUCCAGCCUCAGAAAUGGUCUUUCACCAUUCCUCACUGUUCCUGGUCACUUGGCCCAUAUUGUAUCCAUGAGGCUACUUUCCCUUUGAUUCCGUGAGUUGUAACUUAUCUCACAAAUCUGUUGUACAGCAUGUGUUCAAAUGCCAUUUGGAAGUCCAUGGGCACCACAAUAACAGUGUUCCCCUCAUCAAGCCUCUUGGUUACUUCAACCAAUGACUUAGUUACACUGUCAUUGCCCUUUACUAAUCUGUUUUGCAUUUGUUAAUUCACCCACAUUUACCCAAGUGGUUUCAUUUUCCCUCCAACUAUUGUUUCAAGAAGCUUGCCCAUUGCCAAUGUUAAAUUGACUGACCUGACUGGUUGUUGCUGCUUUUACAUAUUGUUUUAAAUGCAGAUAAUAAUUUGCAAUUCUCCUGUUCUCCACUCGACUCCCAAUUCUCAGGAAGACUGGAGAAUUAUGUAGUGUCUCCACAGUUCUCACUCCAGCCCAAAUAAUCCCCUCCUUCAAAGCAGCACAUUGUUCAUGUACCAUUUCACCUCACCAUCUUUUAUUCCAAUUUAUCGGGUCAGAUCCAUUCUUACGUCAUUACAGUUGGUUUUCUUUCAGUUAGUUAUUCUUAUUCUGAAUUCUUCCUCGUCUUUCUCUAUUAUCACGCCUAAACCUUCUGAUACAGUGAUCACAGUGAUCCUGGCAUUAGCAGGGUAACAUGCCAUCCUGGAUGCCUCCACCCUCUCGCCCCUUGGCACAGAAACAUUUGUUGUCAAUAUCAAGUCUCCUAUCAUGAUUGCCCUUCCAGUCUUCUGUGUGUCCCUCUGUAUGGCUGAGCCAGCUGUGAUACCAUGAAUUCCCCAGAUUACCCAUCACUUCCAUCAGCAUUCAGAGUUCAGUACUGGUUGGAGAGUGAGAUACAUUCAGUGGUCACUUCCUUCCUGACACUUCUUAAACAUACUUCUGAACAGCCUGGCUCUGAUUUUAAUGGUGUGGCCCCUGUGUUUGUAACGUGAGCCAGCUCUCAGAUGUGCGUAUGACCCUGCUUUAGUUGGUGAUGUGAAUUAUAGACAGAUCCUCUUCAGGUGAUAGCUGUUACCAUGAGGAAUGAUUGUACUCUCCUGUCUGGGAGGUCUACUAUUCCGGGUAUGGGGAGGGAGUUGGGGUGAGUCUCUACAGACCUGAGCUUCCUCAGUCCAUCAUACCUUGAUGUAAUAAUGGUGUAAUUAAAAUCAUUUCAAAACUAAAUUCAUGUUUUGUGCAUGAACUUGAGUCACUUUCAAAUACUUUGUUAUUUUGGUUGAUUCACGUUUUGAUGUAAGCAGAAUAUUGUAUUGUUAUUUGUUUAAUUAUUCUCUGUGUAGAUUUAGAACUCUUAAUAAAUUCACUGUUUCGCUUAA